AAAUACCAUACUGUGAAUGGUCACAAUUGUGAAGUGAGGAAAGUCCUGUCAAAGCAAGAGAUGGCCAGUGCCUCUUCCAGCCAGAGAGGUCGAAGUGGUUUUGGAAACUUUGGUGGUGGCUGUGGAGGCGGUUUCGGUGGGAAUGACAACUUUGAUCAAGGAGGAAACUUCAGUGCACGAGGUGGCUUUGGUGGCAGUCGUGGCGGUGGAGAAUAUGGAGGCAGUGGAGAUGGUUAUAAUGGAUUUGGUAAUGAUGGAAGCAACUUUGGAGGUGGUGGAAGCUACAAUGAUUUUGGCAAUUACAACAAUCAGUCUUCAAAUUUUGGACCCAUGAAGGGAGGAAAUUUUGGAGGCAGAAGCUCUGGCCCUUACGGUGGUGGUGGUCAAUAUUUUGCCAAACCACGGAACCAAGGUGGCUAUGGUGGUUCAAGUAGCAGCAGCAGCUAUGGCAGUGGCAGACGGUUUUAGUAACUGCCAGGAAACAAAGCUUAGCAGGAGAGGAGAGCCAGAGAAGUGACAGGGAAGCUACAGGUUACAACAGAUUUGUGAACUCAGCCAGGCACAGUGGUGGCAGGGCCUAGCUGCUACAAAGAAGACAUGUUUUAGACAAUACUCAUGUGUAUGGGCAAAAAACUCAAGGACUGUAUUUGUGACUGUUUUAACAGGUUAUUUUAGUCUCUGUUCUGUGGAAAGUGUAAAGCAUUCCAAAAACAAGGGUUUAAAUGUAGAUUUUUUUUUCACCCAUGCUAUUGAUUGCUAAAUGUAAUAGUCUGAUCAUGACACUGAAUAAAUGUCUUUUUUU